UCAGAAUGAACACAUGAAAAUUGGGGGAUAGCUAGGCAGAUUCAAAAUCGAUGAAGGCCAUUUGUGCUAUUGAUCAACGAAGCAGGGAUCCAGUUCAGGAGUUGACAUUGUCCACGGCAGAGCUUCUUCCCUGCGCGUUGAACGAUUCCAGCGGCGACGGUAAUAUCCGGUAAGGCUGGGUGGAUUUGGACCGGGGCUUCCUCUUCCGAACAAAACAGAGCUUUCGAACCUCGUCUGUCCUGUGUUAUGAAUCCGUUCCGUCCACAUUCCUUCGAUGCCUCCGCCGCUAGCUUUGCCGACGGCGGACGUCUACCUAACUAUUUCGAUGCAUUGGCCGUGGAUCAUUUUUGAGAUGAAGGGGUAUUUCGGUCCUUUUGCACAUCUUACCUUUCAUUCCACAGCCUCUUGUUCACCUACCAGGUGCUUUCUCCCUGUCUUCACAUGACUGAAACGGGAUGUCAGAGAUACAAUGGAAAGAGUAGCUCUAUAUUCUUCUCCAUUGCAUUUAAUCUCUUCAUUUAUCUGAUUCCAUAUCACGUAUCGGGGUCAUUUUCCACAAUGGAAGGUAUUUGCGCUCAUCUUAAAAGGGAUUGGUAUAUAUCACGGUCUCUCUUCUUUCGGUCCUUUUUUCCGUUUCCGUUUCAUUUACUUAUUUUUGUAUUUGUUGAGCUUUUCGCUUCUGAUUUCUGUUGCCAUGAUUUAUUAUAUUUCUCUUUCGUCAACCCAGAAGAUCCCUCCCCAAAAUCUGCACGCCUUCUAUAUUUGUUUGAUUGCUCCUAUGCAAUCUAAAAUGUUAUCCUUCGGCAAAACCGUGGAAAGACCGUCUUUGCAUUCCAAGAUUUAUUUUCAUACGCUCGCUUAGACGGACCUCUUCUUUCUGAAGCUUAGGACUGCACCAAACAGACGGCGCAAUAUUGAAAUGAGGCGGUACGAUAGGGAUGACUACGUCACCGUUGAUGGGUUACCCUCCCCCAGGGUAAAUAACUUGAAGAAAGUUUCCGUUCUUCCUCUCAUAUUCAUCAUCUUCUAUGAAGUUUCUGGGGGCCCUUUUGGCAUCGAGGAUACAGUGCAAGCCGCAGGUCCUCUGUUGGCCCUCCUUGGCUUCUUGGUUUUCCCAUUCAUAUGGAGUGUCCCAGAAGCUUUAAUUACUGCAGAAAUGGGUACCAUGUUCCCAGAAAACAGCGGUUAUGUGGUUUGGGUUUCUUCCGCGUUGGGUCCCUAUUGGGGGUUCCAGCAAGGCUGGAUGAAGUGGCUCAGUGGGGUAAUUGAUAAUGCCCUAUACCCAGUUCUCUUUCUUGACUAUCUGAAAUCGGAUAUCCCUGUUUUAGCCAGUGGCUUUCCAAGAAUUGCUGCGGCCUGGGGAUUGACAAUAGUUCUCACAUUUUUGAAUUAUAGGGGUUUAACCAUUGUGGGAUGGAUUGCUAUUCUUUUAGGGGUUUUCUCACUCCUUCCUUUUGUGGUUAUGGGCUUUAUGGCAAUUCCAGACCUGAAACCUUCAAGAUGGUUGGUGGCGGAUUUGAAUGAUAUGGAUUGGAAUUUGUACCUGAAUACUCUAUUUUGGAAUCUCAACUACUGGGAUUCCAUUAGUACUCUUGCUGGAGAAGUGGAGAACCCAAAGAGAACUCUUCCAAAGGCUUUAUUCUAUGCUUUGAUCCUAGUAGUUUUAGGAUACUUUUUCCCACUUCUAAUUGGCACUGGUGCGGUUCCUCUCAAGCGUUCAUUGUGGACUGAUGGAUACUUCUCUGAUAUUGCCAAGAUCAUUGGAGGAGUUUGGCUGAGUUAUUGGCUUCAGGCAGCUGCUGCAGUGUCAAACAUGGGGAUGUUUGUUGCUGAAAUGAGCAGCGAUUCCUUUCAACUUUUAGGGAUGGCUGAGAGGGGAAUGUUGCCUGAGUGCUUUAGCAAGAGGUCUCAACAUGGAACCCCACUUAUAGGAAUACUUUUCUCAGCCUCAGGCGUACUUUUACUGUCAUGGCUGAGCUUUGACGAGAUUGUAGCAGCUGAAAACUUCUUGUACUGCUUUGGAAUGAUUUUGGAGUUUAUAGCAUUCAUAUUGUUAAGGAUCAGACGCCCCAAUGCAUCUCGGCCUUACAAGAUACCAGGGGGAACAACUGGAGCAAUUCUUUUAUGUAUACCUCCGACAAUAACGAUUGGUAUUGUGUUAGUUUUGUCCUCUCUCAAAAUCUUGGUCAUAAGCCUCAUUGCUGUGUUCAUUGGCCUUGUACUGCAGCCUUUUCUCAAACUUGCAGAGAAAAAUGGAUGGCUGAGGUUCUCAAUGAAUUCUGAGCUCCCAGAUUUUGACGAUCAGGAGAACAGUCAUUCUUUAAUGAACUAAACUUUAUCCUUGUUCAAAAGACUUCAGUUUUUUUGUGAAGUUAAGUUGCAAAUACAUAGGGAGAUGCUCCAACCAAGAUGGCAUAAUGGAGUGAGAACAGUAUUGGUCAUUUCACAGCAUUUCUUGAAUGCAACAACUGUACAAUGGAAGAUUUUGAUUCCAUCAGCUUCAUCACAGGUGGUUUUUGCUCACAUUUUUCAAUGUAAAAAUGGAAGCGGUUGUAAUUAGAAACAUGUAAACAAGUGUGUUUAGAAUGCCAUAGAAAAUAAAGUUAUGAAGUUACAGUACUUUUUAUUGAGUGAUUGCAUUUGAAGGUUGAGUGGAUAGUUUUGUUUCAAUCUUAUUGGCUUUCAUGUGUCUCAACUGUUAUCAAAAUUGUAAUAUGAAUGUGUGUGUGUGUGUGUGUGUGUGUGUGUGUUGGCAGAGUAGUAUA